UGUUGUAACUAAAAACAAUAUCUAACAAGUAGAUAUAUACACACAUCAUCGAACCCACGCGUCACACCGAUAAACCACUCACCACAACCAUUUCUCUUCCCUAAUCAAACCACUCUCACGCUCCAUCUUCAACCAACACCAUGAUGUGGGAAUGGGAACAAGACGAACACCACCACCACCGCCACAACAACGCCUCUCCAAAACCCGAUCAAAUCCCUGACCCUAAUUCCUAUCUCAAUUUCGAUUUCUUCUCGGCUCUCUCCAAACCCAAGGAUUAUUACGAGAUAUUGGAAGUCGAUUACGAUGCUGAUGAGGAUGCUAUUCGCUCUAAUUACAUGCGUCUUGCUCUUAAAUGGCACCCUGAUAAACAGAAAGACCAGAAUUCUGCUACGUCAAUGUUUCAGCAUAUAAACGAGGCAUAUCAGGUUUUAAGUGAUCCCGAUAAAAGGAGAGACUAUGACAUAAACGGGAUGCGUCACGUAAACGAUAAUAUCAUUGAUUAUCUUAACCGUUACAAGGGUCUUAUAUUGACUUGCAAUGGCCUCGGCGUAAAACAAUCACUAUGGUAAAGCAAACCAGAAUCAAGUACAUCCAUCCAGUGCCUCUAGGACAAUUUUUUGAAGUACCUGGCGCUGCAUGCCAUGCUCAGUAAUGAAAACUCAUGCUUAUGAUGUCCUGGAGGGAUAGGUUCAUGCUUUAUGUAUAAAAGAAACAUAAACUAAAUGCGAUUUUCUACUUGUAAACGCCAAAUGUUUUCUCAUUCACUUUGCUUACUUUCAAAUGCAUAGAUAUAUUUCUCA